CCAUUUUGGCUCAAGCGCCGAACCCCGCUUGCGGGGGCGCGGGCCGCGAUGGCCGCCGGAGACGACGAUCCCUCCGAGGUCAUGCUCUCGUCUGGCGCUGUCGAGGAUGACCUAGAUGAGCCAACGACGACAUCGAGGCUGAGGACAAAGUCGUCGGGCCGCAUUAUUCCCAGGAGGAGGGUCACCAUCGAGGAUGCCAUCGAAGAGGUCGGCAUCGGGAGGACGCAGUACGUGUUGCUGGUCAUUUGCGGUUUGACGUUCUGCUCGGACGCAGCGGAAGUGACGUUCCUUUCAUAUGUGACGGAGGUUUUGCGCUGCGACUGGGGCAUCACCGAAGAACAGGAAAGCAUGCUCACUUCGGUCGUGUUCGUCGGGAUGCUCGUCGGCUCUCCCGUGAUGGGCUUCCUCGCCGAUAAGAUCGGCAGGCGGAUCGCGUUCCUCUUCUCCUCGGUGAUCAUCUGCAUCUUCGGCUUCCUCACGGCUCUGUGCCAGAACCUCCCCCAGCUGAUCGUUGUGCGCGCGGUGGUCGGCUUCGGCGUUUCUGGCUUGCCCGUGGGCUUCGACAUCCUGGCGGAGGCGCUGCCCAUGGCGGGACGCGGCAGGUUCCUGCUCCUGAUCGAGUAUUUCUGGACCCUGGGCAGCAUAUACGUCAACCUCUGCGCGUGGCUCGUACUGGAGUCGCUGGGGUGGCGAGCAUUCACUUGCCUGGCCGCCGUCCCGACGCUGAUCGCCUCGCUUGCCGGGUACUACCUCCUCCCCGAGUCCCCGCGCUGGCUGCACGAGGUGAACAGGGAGGAAGAAGCGCUGGCCGUCGUGAACCAGUGGAUUGCGGCCAAUGGAGGGGAGAUGAAGAUCGCCUCCCUCGCCGUCGAUGCGGGCCACGAGGAGCUCGGCUGCUCCGCGCUCUGCAGCAGGAGGAAGCUGCGCUUCGUGGCCGUGGUCAUGGGCCUGAUCUGGUUCUCCUUCGGAAUGUGCUACUACGGCAUCGUCAUGCUGCUGCCUCGCGUGUUCGAGAGCUCGAGCAGCGGCGGCGAGGGGGCCAGCCAGGGGCCGUGCAACGGGGGCGCCAGCUUCGACUUCAAGGACAUCGGCGUGUCGGUGGCCGCCGAGGUGGUGGGCGUGGCGGUGGCGGUCCGCCUCAUCGAUUCUCCUGGGCGCGCCCCAACGCAGGCCAUAUUCUACGGCCUGUGCGCGGUGUCCGCGUUUGCCCUCAGCUUCAAGGCGCUCCCGUCGGUGCUCCUGCUGUGCGCCGGGUCCUUGGCCCGGAUGUCGGCAAUGGCGGCGUCCAGCGCCACUUGGGUGCACACUCCAGAGCUCUUCCCCACCAGGGUGCGGACCACAGCCCACGGCUUCAUGAACAUUUGCUCCAGGAUCGGGGCCUUCAUGGCCCCGUGGCUCAUCAUGGGCGACUUCGUACAGUUCAGAGAGGACGUCCUGACGGGCAUGCUGAUUACGGGCACGGUCGGUGCUCUGGCAGGUGUCUUGUCGAUGAUGCUGCCCGAGACCGCGGGCACCGAGAUGCACGAUGCCGCAUACGACUCUACCGAGUCCAGCGACGGCGAUGACGACAGCUUCGGCUCGUCGGAGUGA